AUGUCCGCUCAGAACUCCGCAGGCAUUCAGACCCUUCUCGAUGCCGAGAGGGAGGCUCAAAAGAUUGUCCAGCAAGCUAGAGAAUACCGUACGAAGCGGAUAAGGGACGCCAAGUCAGAGGCGCAGAAGGAAAUCGAAGAAUACAGGAAGCAGAAGGAGGAAGAAUUCAAGAAGUUUGAGGGAGAGCACUCGAGCGGUUACAAGAAGGCCGAGGACGAGGCGAACAAGGAAGCUGAAGUGAAGAUUGAGGAGAUCAAGAAGGCUGGGAAGGAAAAGGGUCCGAAGGUCGUCGAGAAGCUGAUCCACGCGCUAACUGAUGUGACCCCCGAGCCAUCGACGAAGAUUGUUACCAAGGCAUAG